AUGCAACUUCUCCCCCUUCUUACUACUGCUGGCUUGGCUAGUGCUAGUCUCUUCGACACCCGCUCAACCAAUGUCAAGCGCGAUAGCUGGGGCGGCAGUGUGUCUCUUGGCCCGACCAAGUCGACUAUCGUGAAUGCAGUCACCACUAUUAUUCCUGGAACUGCACCUUCAAGCCAGAAUGGAGAGCUUUUUCUGUGGCCUGGCAUGUCAAACGGGACUGGUGAUUUGGUCCAGACUACCCUGGAGAGCUGGCCCGAUAACUCCUGGUGCGGUGCCACCACCGGCCAGUGGUGCGUUCGCGCCAGUGUAUUUGGUUCCUUCGGUCAGCUUGAUGGCAAUGGAAGCCCGGUUAGUGGAACAGAUAAGGUUCGCAUUGAGUAUAACUUGGAGAGUGAUGGACAGACUUGGAACCAGACCGUCACCAAUGUCGAGACUGGUGUUCUUCUCUCUACCUAUGCCCGUGCUUCUGGGCCUUACAUGACUGGCUACGGCACAGGGACAGAGUGCGACUCCUCCUGCACUGGCACUAUCGCCGCCCAGAAGUACACCGGUACCAAGAUCACCCUCGCAUCCGCCGACGCCACCUUCGGCGACACCAUUGCCUCCGCCGCAGGUGCCACCUACACUGGCCUGAAGUCCAGCAAGGGUGGCAAGGUAUGGUCCAUCGAGACAAUCAACAUCCCCGCCAUGUAA